UCAGUGGUGUGGACAACAGCAGACAUGACAGCAGUGGGAGAACUGGUUCUAGUACUGGGCUUACUGGUGAGUGCUCACUGUGAGGUGAGACCACGAGACCCAGAGGUGGAGGAGGAGGAGGAGCUGGGAGGAAGAGCAGGAGGAGGAGGAGGAGGAGCAGUGUUCUCUCCUCUCCUCCAGGUGACACACACCGCCCUGCUGGAGGACAGAGGGAGCCAGCCGACCCGGACCGGGAACUGGUGUGCACUGGUGCAGCAGCGUGUUGUUACCAUGGCGGAGACGUGUGGGACAGAGAAGUACAUCAUCCAGGCCCAGAGUCCCUGUCCCAGCGGGAAGCCGGACUGCCAGCUCGUCAUGUACAAAACAUCCAUGCGGCCGAUCUACAGGCAGACACAGAAGGUCGUCACUGCUCUGCUGUGGCGCUGCUGUCCGGGACACGGAGGACACAACUGUGAGGACACAGUCUCGGCUGCUCAGCUGGAUUUUGGAAGCUCUGCUUCAAUUGGAGGAUCUGAAACAGGUUUCCAGCAGCGGCUCCAGCAGCAGCGUGCCGACCCGGACCGUGAACAGAACGACCAGGAACCCAACAACACCUCGGCCCAGGAACACCACCUUCCUGAUACCAACGCCACACUCCCUGUUCACCAGAUGAUGACACUGAUCAUGUCCCAGCUGAACCCGCUCCUGGAGGGCUUCAACCGCUCCUUAGAGCACCUGAGCCGACAGGUGGGGGACCUGGCACGUGACGUGGCCCACCUGAAGAGCAGCCAGUUGGGGGCGGAGCUGCAGGCGGGGCCUCCGGACGGCCCCGACGACGAGGUGGAGGAGGAGCGCUUGGAUGCCAAACUGGAGGAGGUGUUUCGGCAGGUCAGGGAGGUCCGGGAGCAGAUGGAGAGCCAGCGGAGAGACACGGAGGACAGGCUGCACUCCCAGCAUGCAAUGCUUCACUACAACCUCACCAACUUCAAGAUGGACAUCGACAUGAAGCUGAAGCGCCACCACAAGAUGCUGCAGGUCAGCCUGCAGGCCAUGAACGCCUCCCUGGUGGAGCUCAAGCUGGACCAGGAUCAGACCGCUGAGGUUCAGGUGGAGGAGCACCUGCCUCCCCUCCACCCCCUGGAGACCUCAGACACCUCUGCGCUGUGGGAGGCUGUCGAGCGUCUGGACAACAUGGUGGUUAACAACACAGUGAAGGUGGGCGGGCUGAUGGAGGACGUGGAGGUGACCUCGGGAAGCAUCCAGCAGCUGAGGCGGGACUUAAAGCAGCUGGACACACGGAUCAACCAGACGGCCCGGAACAGUCAGAUCCAGUUCAUGGAGACGGGGCUGGAAGUGGAGGCGGCGAAGGAGGUGGUGCUGAGGCGGGUGGAGGAGCUGGCGGGGAACCUCAGCCAGCAUGACAUGCGGCUGCAGGAGGCGGACUCGGACGUGGACUACCUGUACACUGUCCUCUACAAGCACAACUCGUCUGCAGACUGCGACUGUAAGGCGCUGAAGGCCGCCAUGACGCGACUGGAGAGGGGUGUGGCCAAUGUGACGGAGCUGGCCAAUGAGAACCGAUUAGCCCUGGAGGAGACCAGCGAAGUAGGGGCGGGGCAGUGGGGCGGAGCCAGCAACUGGGAGCCAGCUGUGCAGGUGCUCCAACAUGACCUCCAGCAGGUGAAGGAGGCUCUGGCCUCGGAGCAGACCAGGAUCAGGACUCUGGACCACAGUCUGACCCAGCUGAGCAGCUCGGUGAAAAUGGGUUUGGCGGAGGUCUCAGGCCUGAAGGAGUCAGACAGGAAGCUGGUUGCAAACAUGCAGCACCUGUCGGGCUCCUUCGACUCUCUGCUGAAGGAUGCCAGCCGACACAGCGACGUGCUGGAGCAGCUGAUGGGGGAGGAGGUGAUGGAGUUUCUGGAGUGGCCCGUCCAGGACCAGGAGGCCCACUCCAUCCCAGCCCUGAAGGAGCAGCUGGGGAACGUGCAGGAACAGCUGAGGCGGCACAACCUGAGCAUAACCUCCCUGCUGGGGAACAGUCCAGGAGGCAGAGAGGAGGUGCCGUCUGCUGACCAGCCAUCCUCCUCCGACAUCCUCCACGAUGAUUGGCUCCCUGGCAGCAUGAGGAGCAGCAGUGAAGUUCUAGCCAGGGAGCGUCAGCUCCUCCUCCAUUCAGCAGGGAGGCGUCCAGAGCUUGGAGGAGACGGCAGUGAUCUGUGGAACUUGGAGAAAACGGUGGAGGAGCUGGAACUGAAAGUGCUCCGACUGGAGGAGAAAACCUCAAACACUUCAACACCCAGUGGUGUGGAGGCCGAACUGCUGGUGGAGGUGAUGUGGCUGAAGAGAGGGCUGGAGGAACAUCUGAGGGUGUUCAAGAACGUCUUCAGUAACGCCGACAUCCUCGCUGAAUCUGACGCCACACUGGAGCUCGAUAAACUGUGGCAGCUGGUGAAGAACAAAGAGGGGAAGAAGGAGAAGAAGAGAGGAGGAGGGAGGGGAGGAAACCAUCGGAGCAGGAGGGAGACAUCAGGUGUUGUCGCCCUCCCGUCCAGCCUAUCAGAAGCCUCACUGCUGCUUGUCGCUGGAUCUCCUCUGAGCGUCUCGAGUGGCGUCAUUGUGUUUAAAGCAGCCCUGAGCGGCAGUCACUCGUAUUCUGAUAGCGGCAGCUUCAUGCCUCCGGUGAACGGCGUCUACUUGUUUGUCCUCACCUUGGACCUGCGGCUGGGCUCCGCCCACGUGGUCCUGACACGGGGGUCGGGUGGGACUCCGGCAUCUCUACACCAGCUAGAGGUGGCGGAGGAGGGGCCAGUCACGGCUGUGAGCCUCCUGCCGCUGAGCCAGGGGGAGGAGGUGAGGCUGGAACUGAAGGGAGGAGCGUGGGUGGAGUCAGAGGACAAUGUGUUCACCAUAGUGCUGCUCCACCAGACCACCUGAGGGUGCUGUGGACAAAUCAGAUGACAGAUCAGAGACUCUGGGAGGGGCAACUCCUGCUGGAAGUUUUAUUUAUUAUUACAGAAUCAGAAAAGGAAAAAUGUUAAAACAUUUAACGGACUGCAGUGUUUUCCUCUUUCCCCUUUAAACCCUGAAAUUAAAAAGUCAGGAUGUUGUUAGCUUAGCAUAAAGACUAGAAGCAGGGGGAAACUGCUAGCCCAACUCUGCUCAAAGUAAAAAAAUAGACUACUCAACAUCUCUGAAGCUCAUUAACAUGAACCCUGUUCACACAUCUACUCACCCACACAUCCAAGUGUCGGCGUCCACAGAACGGUUCUGGAGCUUCACAGUAAAACAGUGAUUCUCCGUGCAGCUCGUCUGCUGUGGUCGGUGUGUUUGUGAAGUUUGGAGCAAAGCUAAAGUUAAAGUUUUUCCAUCAGUGUUAUUCUGUGAAGGUGAAUCAACAUAUCAUGUCCUCUUAGUUAUAUAUAAUUCUUGUAAAGUUUCAGUAUCCUGAUGUAAAGCAGCAGUUUAUAUUUUUUUAUCUAAACUGUCACCUAAUAAAAAGCUUUAAUCCACAGAGUGACUGAAGCUUUCUCAGAUAUUUAACCGAACACUUCUGUCUGAAAUAAACAGGAAAGAAAAUGUCGGAUCAGCACCGUCACAUUUUCACUAUGCGAUGACCCGUCUGUCAGCCCGACAUGGUUCUGUGUGGCAGCAGCUACAUUACUGCCACCUACUGAGACAACGUGAGAACUACAACGGACAGAAAUGAUUUACACGCUGGAAACAAUAUUGUGUGUUAACAUAUUGAUAUUUAGUUUUUGAAUAUUGCAACACUGAUGUUCCAUAACCUUGAACAGGACAUCACAACGAGGUUUUAAAAAUCUGAGUUUAGUUUUAAAAACUGAACUUGUUGAGGAGCGGUCGUAUAAACAGACCAGCAGUCACUGCAGAACAGCAUGGAGGAGUUUGAGGAAAGUGGAGGUCUGUGAAACAGACUGAGCGGCGCCGUCAGCUGGUUCUGUUGUAACAUCCACUCUGACGUGAAGGACACGGCAGCGGCGAUUAUAUGACGAGCGGAUCUGUUGAUGUAUGUGAAGACAAAUGAGUCUUCAGGUGUGUGAAAAUGUACUGAAUGCUAAGAGUUGAAAAGUAACUAAGUACAUUUACUCAAGGACAUUUGAUUUUUUGUACUUGUGUAUUGUAACAAAAUCUUUACUGCAGAGGAUUUAAUGGUUCGUUUGUGGUUUGAUCGAUCGUCUCGUCAUCUGAGGUAAAAUAAAAAGCUGCUCAACUUU